UAUUCACACCCGUGUUCUUCUUCUUCUUCUGCAAAGCCUUUUGUUCUCUUCUUUUUCUAAUCACACCCAUCAUUGCUUUUCAAUAAAUUAUAAAAUUAUAAAAUAAACCUGUCAUUUUUUCACCAACGGAAUUUUAUUUUUCAUUGUUUGUUCCCAUCCAUCAUCUGGGUCAAUUUCAAAAAGGAAAGAUGUUGUGUGCUUGUUCUGGAGAGCAAUUCAAAUUUGAAGAGGCACCACAGUCACCAGAAUCCUUAGCAACAAGGGAUUUUUCUGCCAGUGGAUUAUCUUCAAGGACUGGUGAUUGGGAAUCUAAAUUGGAUGAAACACAAGUUGAAGAUGUUGAAUCUACUCUGAAAGAAGCUCUCUCAUUAAACUAUGAGGAAGCUAGAGCUUUGUUGGGGAGGCUUGAAUAUCAAAGAGGGAACUUUGAUGCUGCUCUUCAAGUGUUUCAAGGUAUUGAUAUCAGGUCUUUGACACCAAGGAUGAUUAGAGCUAUAUCUGAAAGAAACAAGUUAAGGAAACCUCGUUCCAAGGCGGGUACUGUACUUCCUAAUUUGAUGUCAAUGCAUUCAGUAAGCUUGCUUCUUGAGGCAAUUUUGCUUAAAGCCAAAUCCUUAGAGGAACUCGAGCGAUAUGCAGAGGCUGCAAAGGAGUGCAGAAUAAUUGUGGAUAUAAUUGAAUCAGCUCUUCCUAAUGGAAUGCCAGAGGGUAUUGGUGAAGAAUGUAAGUUGCAGGAAAUGUUCCACAAAGCAUUGGAGUUGCUUCCAAAUCUAUGGAUCAAGGCGGGUUUUCUUGACGAAGCUGUCACUGCUUAUCGGCGUACGCUGACCAAGCCGUGGAAUUUGGAGCCUAAAAGGUUGGCCUGUCUACAAAAGGAUUUAGCUACAACACUACUCUAUGGUGGUGUCGAAGUAAACCUACCUUCUCACUUGCAAGUGAAUGGUCCAACAACACCAAUGACUAACAUUGAAGAGGCGAUACUUUUGCUAUUAAUACUAUCCGGAAAAAUGGCACUUCAGGAAAUAGAUUGGGAUGCUGAAAUAAUGGACCAUCUUUCAUUUUCGCUUUCAGUUUCCGGGAUGUUUGAAUCAUUGGCAGAUUGUGUUGAGCAGAUCCUACCUGGUAUCUUUGAUCGAGCCGAGAAGUGGUACACGCUCGCUCUUUGUUACAGUGCAGCAGGACACAAUGAAACAGCCUUGAACCUUUUGAGGAAGGCUUGUGGUAGUUCUGAAGCAAAGCAUAUGCCUCAUUUUCGUUCAUAUUUGUUUGGUGCGAAACUGUGUUCGCAAUAUCCAAAUCACACUCAUGAAGGCAUCAAAUUUUCACAACAAGUUAUUGAUCUAGCCAAGCAUCAAAAUGAACAUUUUUUGAAUCAAGGCCAACAAAUUCUCGGUGUUUGUUACGGUGCUGCAGCUAGAACAUCUGUACUGGAUUCUGAAAGAAUUAUAUUUCAAAAAGAAUCUUUGAACUUCCUAAAUAAAGCUGCUCUAACCGGAAAUGAUGAUGCAGAAGCAACGUUCAGCCUUGGACUGGAAAAUGCGAUUCAGAGGAAUCUAGAUGCGGCUUAUCACAACAUAAUAAGGUACUCAGACAUGAUGGUUGGAAGCUCUAGAAGAGGUUGGCAGUUGUUAGCACUCAUAGUAUCUGCACAACAAAGGUUUAAGGAUGCAGAAACUAUAGUUGAUUUCACUUUAGAUGACGCUGGGAACGUCGAUCAGUUAGAGCUACUAAGACUCAAAGCUGUACUUCAAAUUGCUCAGAAGCAACCAAAGCAUGCAAUAGAGACCUACAGAGUCUUGCUUGCAGUAAUAGAAGCCAAAAAGGAGCUUUCUCUUCAAGCUAAGAACUUUGAGUUUGAUCCAGCAAAAAUAUUCAGGGAUGAGGCAUUAACGGAACGGAAGUUGGAAAUGGAAGCAUGGCAGGAUUUGGCAACCAUUUAUGCAGAUCUUAAUUCCUUUCUUGAUGCAAAAGCUUGUGUUGACAAAGCUCAAUUGCUAGAGUUUUUCUCUCCCAGAAGUUGGCAUAUUACAGGGAUGUUGUUUGAAGCUCAAUCAUUAUACAAGGAAGCCUUUGUUUCGUUCUCAAUCUCAUUGUCAAUAGAACCUGAUUAUAUUCCCAGUAUCAAUUCAACUGCGGAGUUGUUGAUUAAACUCGGUAUGCAAUCGCUUCCAAUAGCAAGAAGCUUUUUAAUGAAUGCUUUGCGAUUGGAACCGACAAAUCAUGACGCGUGGUUCAACCUUGGAGUGGUUUCAAAAAUGGAAGGUUCGUUACAACAAGCAGCAGAUUGCUUUCAAGCUGCUUAUGAGCUGAAGCUUUCAACUCCAGUGCAAAAGUUUGAGUGAUUGAGACUUUGGAGAACUUCAAUUCUUUGUGGUUGGGAAUGCGAGAUGCACCGAGAGUAUAAUAGAAAAGACAUAAGCAGAGAUUAUAAUGGGAAAAAAUAUCAUUUCAUUGUUACCCUUGAUUAGUUAACUAAUUGUUAAAAAAUGUAUAGCUCAAUUUUCAACUUUUUUCCAAUGAAAUACUAUUAAUUAAAUUUGACAGAGUAAGCACAGAAAUCAGAAGUUUGGUUUGGUUGUUAUAGUACUUUUCUGUUAGCUGAUUUUUACCUGAGAAACAAAUUUCU